CUCUCUUCCAUGCGCCUUUCUCCUUGACCGAUCGUAACCAGCUCAUCUCCAGUAAGAUCUCCAUGGAUCUCCACAUUUUCUUCUUGCCUUUCCUCGCCCCAGGUCACAUGAUUCCUAUGAUCGACCUUGCCAAGAUAUUUGCUGACCGCGGCGUCAAGGUCAGCAUCGUAACUACAACUGGAAACAUACCUCGCAUCCAACCCACCAUCGAUCUUGCCAACAACUCUUGCCACUCCUCUCGCCACCAUAUCCAACUCAUUCCCCUCCACUUCCCCUACUCUGAGUCCGGUGUCCCCAAAGGCCACGAGAACCUCAUCAACUUUUCCGAUCCCGGUAUCAGCCCAGAGUUCAUCACUGCCAUCAACCUUCUCGAGGCCCCCUUCAUGCAGCUCGCCAAAGACCACCGCCCUGACUGCAUCAUCUCUGAUAUCUUCUACCCCUGGACGAGCAGCAUCGCCCAUGAGCUCAGAAUACCGAGGCUUGUCUUCCAUGGUUCAGGCAUGUUUACUUAUGCCGUCAUGUGUGUCAUCAAAGAUCUCAAGCCCUAUGAGGGCGUCAAUAGCGACAGGCAGCCAUUCGUCGUGCAGGGGCUUCCCCAUAGGAUCGAGAUGACACGAUCACAGCUCCCGGAGUUUGUCACAGAAGCUAGAACCGGCUUCUUCAAAGAGACAGAUGAUGCUCAUGACAUGACCUAUGGCAUGGUAAUGAAUAGCUUCAACGAGUUGGAAUCCGACUACGCCAAUCUACUUAAGAAGAUGUUGAGCAUGAAAGUGUGGCAUGUUGGCCCGGUGUCCUUAUUUAAUCAAGAUGUUAAUGAUGAAAUGGCAAGAGGUGACAAGGCCUCAAUAGACUGCAACCAUUGCUUGAGUUGGUUGGACACUAAGAAGCCGAGGUCGGUUCUUUACAUAUGUUUCGGAAGCUUAGGACGAUUCACUCAUGCUCAGCUUCAAGAGAUUGCAUUAGGGCUCGAGGCUUCCGAGCACCCAUUCAUUUGGGUGGUGAGAUACAAUGACGAAUUGUCGGCAUGGCUACCAGAGGGGUUUGAGAAUAGGGUGAUAAGUGAAGGGAGGGGUGUAAUCAUUAGCGGGUGGGCACCGCAGUUGCUCAUAUUGAACCAUCCAGCGGUCGGGGGAUUUAUGACGCAUUGCGGGUGGAACUCAUGUUUGGAAGGGACCGUCGCUGGUUUGCCAAUGAUAACGUGGCCACUCUUCGCUGAGCAGUUCUUUAGCGAGAGGCUUAUUGUGGACGUGCUGAGAAUUGGGAUAGCAAUCGGGGUGAAGGUGUGUAGUGGUAACGAGGAGGAAAGAGAGAUGGUGAUGGGGGAGGGGAUAAAGAAGGUGGUGGAUGAGUUGAUGGGAAAUGGGGAGGAAGCGGAUGGGAGAAGGGAGAGAGCAAAAGAGCUUGGAGUGAUGGCUAGGAGGGCUGUGGAGGUGGGGGGUUCUUCUUAUAAUGAUAUGAGCCAUUUGAUAGAGGAUUUGCUUAGUCUAAGAUCUGCUUAGAUCCAGACCGGUGAGGACGAAAAAUGAUUCAACUAUGUUUUUCUUUCAUUUUUGGGCCUGUCAUAGGCAAGACAAUUGAAGCACAUUUGUACGAAAAUAGCU